ACAAGUUGCAAACUCAUGAGACAAGCACAACUCUCUCUGUCUCUCUUGCUUGGCCUGUCCGUUUCUCUCUCUACUGUUCUUCUCUCUUCACAGCAGCACAUCAUAGGGAGAGAGAGGGGCAGAUGUCGAUGAGCUUCUUGAGCAUGGUGGAGACGGAGCUGCCUCCAGGGUUCCGAUUCCACCCGAGGGACGAUGAGCUCAUCUGCGACUACCUAGCGCCUAAGGUCACCGGCAAGGUCGGCUUCUCCGGUCGCCGCCCACCCAUGGUCGACGUCGACCUCAACAAGGUUGAGCCAUGGGACCUCCCUGUGGUUGCCUCAGUGGGUGGCAAGGAGUGGUAUUUCUUCAGCCUGAAGGACCGGAAAUACGCGACGGGGCAGCGCACAAACCGAGCAACCAUAUCAGGGUAUUGGAAGGCGACUGGUAAGGACAGGGUGGUGGCACGUAGGGGUGCGUUGGUGGGAAUGAGGAAGACAUUGGUGUUCUACCAGGGGAGGGCCCCUAAGGGACGAAAGACGGAGUGGGUGAUGCACGAGUACAGGUUGGAGGGUGCACAUGAACAAGCCUCCAAGUUCAACUCCAAGCAGGAAGAUUGGGUCCUGUGCAGGGUCAUCUGCAAGAAGAAAUCAGGAGUUGGUGCCACCCCCAAGCCAAGGAGCCUCACCACCAUUGGCCAUGGCUUAUGCACAGACACCUCCUCACCGCCAUUGCCACCUCUCAUGGACACCACCCUAGCACAGCUCCAUGCCACCAUGAACUCCACCUCUGCCGCCACUGCACUUGAGCAAGUGCCCUGCUUCUCCAGCUUCAACAAUAACAGUGCCAGCAGCUACCUCCCCAUGGUGGCAGGCAGCAAUGGCAUGAGCUACCUGGACCAUGGCCUGCCUGACUAUGGGAGCUACCUGGACCCGGCCAUGAACUGUGACAAGAAGGUGCUCAAGGCAGUGCUGAGCCAGCUGAGCUCCAUGGGGGGUGAGGUGGUGCCGAGCCUUCCUCCUGAAAUGGCCGCUGCAGUGAGCUCCAAUUGGAUGAACCAUUUCUAGGGAUAUUUGUAUAUUUAUUAUAAUCAGACAACAUAAGAGCUAGCUAUAGUAGUUAAUCUGCAGCGUGUGUAUGAUGAUUUUAUAUGAAGUUUGUACUUAUGUACGUUUGGUACAAUGUUUUUUCUAAGUGUGAGUAUCAAUAGAGCACACAGCAAUUUUUUCCCCCCAUCAA